AAGCUCUUGCAAAUCAGAGAUGAGAAGUCAAACCCAGCGGCGGCGAAGAGAAACGUUGUCGGUGUAGCUAAGCUGCUGACUGGCUAUUCCGGUCAUUCCGUCGUUCCUUUUAUAUCCUUCCUUCAUCAUCAACCGCUUCGUGUCUGUUGCGGGUGGUGGCCUAGGGUUUUCUGUUCGAAUCGAACACUAGGGGGAGGAAAGAGAAAUUGGGUGGAUUUCAAUCUACGAUUUUCUGAUUUAGUUGUUGCAAUUCUAGAUGGGAACAUCUUCUGGGUCUCAUUUCAAUCACCAACCACAACAAACGAUGCUGCCUCCACGUCAACAGCCACGGGUUGCAGGACUGCAGACUUCCUUAUCCCUGGUUUCCCCUGAUGCUUGUGGAUCUCCCAAUCUUCAAGAGCGUGGUUCGAAUUCUGAUCAGAUCCGUGAGUCCCCAACGGAAAGUGCCAGUUCGCGUGAAACCUGGCCCACCACUGAUGCUUUGAUGAUGAAAAAACUGGAGAAAGAGAAGGAAAUGGAGAAUGGUUUUGCUGAAAAUUCUAACAUCCGCUAUAUUUCAAGCUCAGAUAAGAUGUCUCUCCUAGAUGUUGCCAGAGAUAGAGUAGAUAUAGUAGCAGAAAGAAUGCAGCAUCUCCCAGAUGAGCAUCUGGAAAAGCUCAAGACUGAACUUCGGAUUCUACUUGAAGGAACUGGUGGUUCUCAGCAAAGAGAAGAGUUUCUGUUUCUGCAGAAGCUGAUUCAGAGUAGGGGUGAUUUGACAGAUAAAACACUGAACAUAGCCCACCGGGUCCAGUUAGAAAUUUUAGUUGCAAUCAAGACUGGAAUUCUUGCAUUUCUGCAUCCAAGUGUCAGUCUUUCACAAGCUUCUCUUAUAGAGGUUUUCUUUUACAAGAGGUGCAGGAAUAUGAUAUGUGGAAGUCCACUUCCUGCAGAGGACUGUACCUGCGAAAUUUGCUCAAAAAGAAAUGGUUUCUGCAACCUUUGCAUGUGUGUGAUCUGUAAUAAGUUUGAUUUUGAGGUGAACACAUGCCGGUGGAUUGGCUGUGAUUUGUGUUCUCACUGGACACACACAGAUUGUGCCAUUCGUGACGGACAGAUUGACAUGGGAUCCUGUGUUAAGAGUGGAGCAGGCUCAGCAGAGAUGCUUUUUAGAUGCCGAGCUUGCAGCCGGACAUCUGAGUUACUAGGGUGGGUUAAAGAUGUGUUCCAGCACUGUGCGCCAAACUGGGAUAGGGAAGCUCUGAUAAGAGAACUAGACUAUGUCAGUAGAAUCUUCCGUGGAAGUGAGGAUUCCAGAGGGAGGAAACUUUUCUGGAAGUGCGAGGAACUCGUAGAAAAACUCAAAAGUGGGGUGGCAGAACCGGUGGAUCGCAAAGUAAUAUUGAAGCUCUUUCAAGAGCUUGAGGUGGACCCAUCCAAGAUUACCGAAAGUGAGGAAGGUUGGCGGCUGAUAGCUCCACAAGAGGCAUUCAACCGGAUUGCUGAUGUAGUGCAGGAAGCCACUAGAAAAAUGGACAUGGUAGCAGAGGAGAAGAUGCGGAAGGUAAAGAAAGCCCGACUAGCUGUUGAGGCUUGUGAUCAGGAGCUCAAGGAUAAAGCUAGGGAAGUGGCAGCACUAAAGAUGGAGAGGCAGAGAAAGAAGCAACAAAUUGAUGAGCUUGAAAGCAUCGUAAGGCUUAAGCAGGCUGAGGCUGAUAUGUUUGAGCUCAAAGCCAGUGAGGCUAGACGGGAAGCUGAGAAGCUACAAAGGAUUGCACUUGCUAAAACUGAAAAAUCAGAGGAGGAUUAUGCAAGCAGGUACCUCAAACAACGUUUGAGUGAGGCUGAAGCUGAGAAACAGUAUUUGUUUGAGAAGAUUAAGCUCCAAGAGGGUUCGAGGGCAUCACAGAGCAGUGCUGGAGGAAGUGAUCAUUCUCAAAUGCUGAUGUAUGGCAAGAUUCAGGAAUUGAUCAAGAACAUGUAUAACGUAACUUCAAAGGCAGAUGGCCAAUCAAAUGAUCUCCACUCUCUUGGUGCUAUUCCAUGAGUAAGUAUGUAUGUUGUGUGAGGUUUUUAAUUUAUGUGACUUAGAACUGUUGUUGCACUUGUGAAUUAUGUAUUUAUGUAGUGACUUGAUAUUUACAAGAAUGCCACCGCCACAUUACGUUGUAUGGGGGUUUUGAUUAAUGCAUUGUGUUGUCCAAAUUGUGAAGGCAGAAUUUAGGCAGCAAUUAUAGUUGUCAUAACCCUCGUGGAGUUGCAUACUUCGACCAUUCUUACAAUGUUAUGAGAGCAAAUAAGAGUGCAUACCCAUGUAGGCCUUGGGCUCGGGGAUUGUGUGUAUCCUUGCGCUAUUCCACGAGUUGGGUAUUAUAUACUUGUAAUUGGUGAGGAGCAUAAAUGCAGGUUAAAUUCCACAUAGUAACCUUAUGCUAUUCAACAAUUUGGCUGGUAAGAGCAUAAGAUGCUGGUUACAUACAUAUCAAGUAAUUGAAACCACUGCCCCUAGCCGAGUU